AUGGAUGCGUUCAAGGCGGCCACCGAAAUGCAGCAGACGCAGACACAGAAGACCACGAUCGACGACAGAUUCAUUCCGUCAUUCCACAACAAGACGACGUACGACCCGUUUGACUUUUCGAUUGCUUCCCAGAGAUACCAGAACAAGGUGUACAAGUCUCAGCUCGCAAAGAACAUGCAGUCGUCGUCGUUCAACACCGUCGAGAUCAACCCGACCGACUUCUACGUCCUUCCACACUUGCUCAGCAGCUACGUCAAUGUCUCGGGCCAGAUCUUGCACAGAUCCGUGACCGGGUUGUCGGGAAAAAAGCAGAAACAGAUGGCGAAGGCGAUCAGAAGAGCCAGAGCUUUUGGGCUCAUGAGCUCUGUCGCUAAGGACGUCAGCACCUUCCCAAAGAGAGGCUCCUCUUUAUAA